AGCAAUGGAGGGCAACAAAUCCUGGAUCGCAGAAUUCAUCCUGGUGGGAUUCCAGCUCACUGAAGAGAUGGAAUUGCUCCUCUUUGGUAUCUUCUCCCUGUUAUAUAUUUUCAACCUACUGGCAAAUGGCAUUAUCUUGGGACUCAUUUGCCUUGACCCUAGACUGCACUCCCCCAUGUACUACUUCCUAUCUCACCUAGCCAUUAUUGACAUGUCCUAUGCUUCCAGCAAUUUGCCCAAUUUGCUGGCAAACCUACUGAAUCACAAAAAAACUAUCUCCUUUAUCUUAUGUACUUUGCAGAUGAUAUUUAAUUUGAGUUUUGCUUCUAUAGAGUGCCUGAUUUUGGUGGUGAUGUCCUAUGACAGGUAUGUGGCUAUCUGCCAUCCCCUCCAGUACACUGUCAUCAUGAACUGGAGACUGUGCACAGUCCUGGCCAUCACUUCCUGGGCAUGUGGGUUUUCCCUGGCUCUAGUCCAAGUAAUUCUCCUGUUAAGAUUGUCUUUCUGUGGGCCCCAGCAAGUGAACCACUUCUUCUGUGAAAUCCGAUCUGUUCUCAAAUUAGCCUGUGGUAAUACUUGGAUCAAUGAAAUUUUCCUCUUCGCUGAUGGUGUGUUCAUCUUAGUUGGGCCCCUUUCCCUGAUGCUGGUCUCCUAUGUGCACAUCCUCUGGGCCAUCCUGAAGAUCCAGUCAAAGGAGGGCCGCAAGAAAGCCUUUUCCACCUGUUCUUCCCACCUCUGUGUGGUUGGGUUCUACUUUGGCAUAGCCAUGAUGGUUUACUUGGUCCCGGACAAUAAUCAACGAGAGGAGCAGCAGAAAAUCCUUUUCCUAUUUUACACCCUUUUCAACCCAUUGCUAAACCCCCUUGUCUACAGUCUAAGGAAUGCUCAAGUGAAGUCUGCCUUCCACAGAGUAUUGCAGAAAAAGAGGACAAGGUAAAUUUUUGGUGCAGUGGAGUUUUCUCUUUAGGAGUUGUGAUUGCUGGUGAAAAAAAAAAGUCUCAAGAAAAUUCCCCAAGAAGAAGUAUGUUUUAAUGAUGAGCAUUACUCAUGAGUAACAUCAGCAGGAUGACAGAAUAGGAACCCCUAAGAAACCAUUCCUCAGCUGUGACAGCAAUAUAUAGACUAGUACUCUUUGUAAGAACAACGGAAGUGAGAUAAUAGGUUGAAGUAUCCCAGACAAAUACAAAUCCAAGAAGAAAUACAGUGUUUAGGCAAUUUUAUGGCACUUUUAACCUGCUGGAACUACUGGCUUAUCAUGUCAGGAUCAGGAGAAAAUUCCCAACUCCCAACACUCCCUUAAGAGGUAAAGAGAAUAAUAGACCAUGCAUACUACUUUCUGCCUUUUCAAGGAGUUCCCUGAGGGUUUGUUAUAUGUAUUGCCUGACUCAGAGCACUCGUGGGAAUGGCACUUUGGACUCCUCGUUGGGGCCUCUGAGAAACAUGGCAAGCAGCCAACUUUUUACUGCAGUAUAGAGAUUGUAGCAUUUCAU